CCACGAGCGCCAAUUCAGAUUCGGGCAUGCAUGAAGAAGGUCUAAUGCUGUUUCUGAAUACGUUACACAUCGAUCACGAGGCACAAGGCCUUGGCGAGGAGGGACUCCUGAGACACGAGGACGCGCCAGAGUUCCAUCCAGCCAUUGGGGAGAGGAUGGUGGACUGGUUGGGGCGAGCAGCCAAGGGGGCGGUGCCUGCAUCGACUGGUCUGAGGGAGGGUGGUCCUUUGAAGAGCAAGGAAGGAGGAACUGAUCCAACUGCUACCCACGCUGGAAAGAGACUCCGACAGCAGAAGGUGACUGAGGUCUACGGUGGCGAGUGGGUUGCUCGCCACAAGAAGGCCUUCCUCUGCUGGCUUUAUUCCAGCGGGGUGGCCUUCAAUGCCUUCCGCAACGAGGCAUGGGAGGCAUAUCAACAGGUGCUCCUUGAGCAGCCUGGCAGUUUGCCGCGCACUGUGCUCCCUGGCCACAGCGAGAUUGCCAGCAUGCACGCGGUGGAGACCCACCGUGCAAAGUUGGCGGAGGAGUUGGAGGAGGUGAGGCAACCAUUCUGGGUGAUUGGUGCCACCAUCCUCUCUGACGGGAGGAAAUCACGAGACGGGAGACCGAUCGUGAAUUUCCUUGCCACAGGCUCGCGAGGGGUCGUCAUGUACAGGACGAUCAAUCGAGAGGGGGAGCCGGACGAUGCAGUGCACGUCCUUCGGAGAUGGGCAUCAUCUUCCACGAGUUCAGGUUCGGUGGGCCUCAGUGGGUUUGGUGAUUGGGGCGGGGCGGAGGGGCGUGCUCGUGGGCGCGCAUGUAGCGGUGAUGCGGAGACGAUCGAGUGCACGUCUUGGUGGUCCCAGUACGGGGCUGGCACGCCUGAGUUGCAGCGGUGGGCUCUUCGUGUGAUGCACAUGUGGUCCUGUGCCCCUCCAACGAAGAGAAAUUGGGCGGUCCAUGAGGGCAUCCACACGAAGAAGCGCAACCAGUUGGCCUUCGAGAAGGUUGUGCAGCUCGUUGAGAUCACCGCAAAUGUGCGGUUGACGGAGUAUCGGCGGGUGGGAUGCGGUUAUGUGUUGCCAUGGCAGCGGGACGAGGGCAUGCUCGACUGCCAGGCAGGCAUUGAGCUGGAGUUGGUGCGCACGGGGACGCGCAAGGGGAUGGCGCAGGAGGAGAUUGCUCAGGAGGUUGUGCAUAUUACGUGUGAUCCCAUCGGUGCUUCCACACCGCCGCCUGCCACUGCUGUUUUUGAGCUACGUGCUUGCAUUUUUCGUCCGUAUCCCAGGGAUGAUGACUUUGAUGACGAGCGGUUGCCCGAGGCAGCGAAUGACCCUGCGCUCCCCAUUCCUCGUGAGAUCGACGAGACACACGCGGAUGCCAAGGACGUGGAGACGAGGACAUACACAACACGACGAGGGGGGGACUUUGAUGAGAUGGAGAUGAUGGGGGAAAACGAGGAUCGUUGGGGCCUUUUCGGGGAGGUGGCUUCCACAGGUGAUGUGCUUGAUGAGAGAGUGGGGGGAUCUCAUGCACGCAGUAGCCGUGCAGAGGUGGGGAUCACGACUCCUACUGCGACGAGGCCUCAAUCGUCCAUUCCCCCACCUCCUGCUCCGAGUUCGGCACCACCUCCUGCUCCGAGUUCGGCACCACCUCCUGCUUCGAGUCCUCCGCCACCUCCUGCUCAGAGUUCGGCGCCAUUCGGCGCCACCUCCUCCUUCGAGUUCUCCGCCAACUCCUACUCCAUGUCCUCCGCCAUGUACUACUCAGUGUCUUGCGCCACCUCUUGCUUCAAGUCCUGCGCCACUUCCAGCUCCGGGUACUGUAUCACCAUCGCCCGUUUCGCCAGUUCAGCCGCCCGCUACAGAGGUGGAGACGCAGGAGUUGACAUCCUCCUUGCCUCAGCACGGUCUUCUGCACAAAUCUACGGUGAUUCGUCGGUUGAGGUUACGAUCACCUUCCCUGAGGGUUUUGCAGGAGGAGGUUGGACACCGUGCCACUCCGAAGGACAUGGGGGGGGCAGCCGUAGCGGAGGUGGAGGUGACAGCAGCGCCAACGGUGGAGGCGGAGGUAGCAGUAGCGGAGGAGGAGGUACGAGCAGUGGCGACGGGGAGGAGGAGGUGCGAGUUGGAGUUGACGUGGUGGGAGAGGAGGUGGAUGGUGUGGAUGCCGAGGAACGCCUCAUGCAACAGUUUAUCACCGAGGAGGUCGAUCCAGUGGUGGGCGGUUUUACCUCGGGUGUGGCGAGGGGGCUGGGGAUGUCUCCCCCCACAGGGUGUGCGGGUUCAGAGAUGGGGACCCACUUUGACUUUGACCUGUCGAUGGGUGCUCCACCUAGUUGCAGCGGGGCGGCAUCGACUGGUGGAGCGCCUUCGAUAGACGAGAUGGCAGGCGAGACGGGUUCGCGGACCUCGACAGAGAGGACGGCGGCGGAGUCUCCAGAUGCAGCACGCGACAUCAUAGAGCGAGAGAAGGCUCUACUUAUGGCAUUCAACGAUCCACGUGCUCCGGCGUUCGCACGGGCCUUGGAGGAGCGCAGGCGUCAAGAAACAGGGAGAGAUGGUCGGCAGGGUGGGUUGGUGGCGGGGGCGGCCCGGACGGACAUUACAGAGGCGGUGGCAGCAGAGGCGGUAGAUGAGGUUGUGGAGGGUGGGCCACAGAUAGUGGUUGAGGCUGGGGUUGGCGGGCCACAGACGGUGGACGAGGCUGUGGAGGCUGGACAGGGCCGAGACGGGGGGGGUGGGCGACUCACGACCCGUAAUUCAUGACACAGUGGCGGGUCAGGCUGUCCCGUUCUCGGGCAUGCAAUUGGUCGAGGCCCGACGGUUGUAGCCGGCUGAGA